CUGUCUCUCCAGUAAUACGGGAGAGUGGAAUAGAAUAGGAGAGCGAAGGAGAGACCGUCAGGGGAGCGAAGAGAGAGGGGAGAGCUAAGAGUGAGAAGGGGGGUCUUCUCUUUCUACUACCCUCAACCCCCUUCUCCACCCCUCCCUCUCUUCCCCGCCCGCUCCCCCCUCCUACCGCUGACUGCUGCAACCAAGAAACUUUGUAUUGCAUCGAGUCUCGAAUACUUUGCAUUGGAACUUACAAUACAGAAGGAGAAAGACUCCAGCAGAAGAGAGUGGAUUCUGUCGCUGUACUGAUAUACUUCGGUCCUCUCUUCUUAAAGGCGAUUCACCCUUCCCGAAGAAGACCUGAAUUCCUCUCGACUGAUUGAAUUCCUGGCAGGCAAGAUGCCCCUCAGUGCCAGCUCCCCCAGCAAAACCUACGACUACGAUUAUGAUUCGGUGCAGCCCUAUUUCUACUUCGAGGAAGAAGAAAACUUCUACCAGCAGCAGCAGCACAGCGAGCUGCAGCCGCCGGCUCCUAGCGAGGAUAUCUGGAAGAAGUUCGAGCUGCUGCCCACACCUCCCCUGUCCCCGAGCCGGCGCUCCAGCCUCUCGUCCUCAUCCUCGUCCGCCGGCGGCGGGGGUGGAGGCGGAGGGGGAGGCGGCUCUGUACCCUCCACUGCGGACCAGCUGGAGAUGGUGACCGAGCUGCUCGGGGGUGACAUGGUCAACCAGAGUUUCAUCUGCGACCCGGACGACGAGUCCUUCGUCAAGUCCAUCAUCAUUCAUGACUGCAUGUGGAGCGGUUUCUCAGCUGCGGCCAAGCUGGUUUCUGAAAAGCUCGCCUCCUACCAGGCGACUCGCAAAGAUACCGCCUGGGCCACCAGGCACAGCGCGCCCCCAGUGCACAGCCUCUACUUGCAAGACAUGCACACAGCAGCAUCGGAGUGCAUCGACCCCUCGGUGGUCUUUCCCUACCCGCUCAGUGAGAGCAGCUCGCCCAAGCGCUGCACGUCCCCCGUCUCCUCUUCCACCUUCUCGUCCUCCACUGCCUCCUCCAUGAUGUCCUCGGUGGCCUCCUCUCCCCGGGCCAGCCCGGAGCCCCUGGCACUCUGCGAGGACACACCGCCCACCACGAGCAGCAGUAGCAGCAGCAGCAGCAGCAGCAGUAGCAGCAGCAGCAGCAGCGACUCUGAAGAAGAGCAAGAGGACGAGGAAGAGAUUGAUGUGGUUACUGUGGAAAAGAGGCAGCCUUCUACCCGGAGAUCUGAAUCAGGCUCCCACCCAGCUGGAGGCCACAGUAAACCUCCCCACAGCCCCCUAGUCUUGAAGAGGUGUCAUGUCCCCACCCAUCAGCACAACUAUGCUGCGCCCCCCUCCACAAAGAAAGACUAUCCCUCUGCUAAGAGGAUUAAGUUGGACAGUGGCAGAAUUCUCAAACAAAUUAGCAACAACCGAAAAUGUGCCAGCCCCAGGUCCUCAGACACUGAGGAGAACGACAAGAGGAGGACACACAACGUCUUAGAACGCCAGCGGAGAAACGAACUUAAAUUAAGCUUCUUCGCCUUACGAGACCAGAUCCCCGAGUUAGAGAACAAUGAGAAGGCCCCCAAAGUUGUCAUCCUCAAAAAGGCCACAGCUUAUAUUAUAUCUAUCCAGGCAGAGGAGCAAAAAUUGUCUACAGAGAGUGAGCUGUUGAGGAAAGAACAACUUCAGUUGAAACUCAAACUUGAACGGCUACAGAACUCUUGUGCAUAAGUUAUAAGGAUGGGUGAAAUCUUUUAUAAUUUGUUUUCACAAGACUUUAAAAGUUUCCUGUAUAGACUGAAACGAUUAAAUAUGAACAAUUUUUCAUUGCAUGUCAUGCAACCUCACAACCUUGGCCAAAUUUUUGAACUGAAAAGUUUGGCCAUAACCUUAAACUGCCUCAGUUUAUGCAUAAAGAACACUUUUUUUAUGCUUCAUUUCCCUUCCCCCCAUGUACUAUAUCAAUUGUUUUUUUUAUUUAAGUACAUCUUUCUUUUUAAAAUUGAUUUUGAUAUGAGUUUUAGAAAAAAAUAAAUA